AUGUCCACCAAGCCAGUUAGCUUAACAAAAGAAAUAAUUUAUAAAAUAAAUAAUUUUUUAAAAGAUAAAGAUACUUUCACCCCAUUUAAAAUCAAAGAAAAAGUAUAUGAUAAUAAUAUUUCCUUCACAACAAUCCAAGAUAAUUAUGGUUAUAAUAUUAAUUGUUUACAAGGUGACAAUUUGUGUUUAAAGGGUGCAUCCAAAAAUACCAUCAAAAUUUCAGUAUACGCGUCGUUUUCAGAUUUUUGGGGACAUGCUUAUUUCUUACAUUAUCAUCUUGGACACGCACCAGCACAUAAAAUUUUAAAGAUACUUAAAGAACUUAAACUUGGAUUUCCAAAAAUGAAUAAUGAUAUUUCAAAUUAUUUAAUGAUCAUUUGUCCCAUGUGCGUUCAUUCUAACCGUAAAAAUUUCAGUUCAAAAAACUUCGACCAAAAUGAAUAUUACAAAAUAUGUGAAUGUAUUGGUAUGGAUCCAGCACUCCUUAUACAACCACAAAUAAUAAAUCCACUUAACAAUGUAAGAGGCAAUGAAGAAUCAAUGACAUUUUCUUUUCUCACAGAUCCAACUCCAACUGCGUACCUCGGCGAACCCACCCAAAUAAUAAAUGUACCACCAACAUAUGAUUACCAAAUCAUAAAUAGAGAGAUAUCAGAUGAAAUAGAGCCAUUGAUUUUUAAACCAAUCAUCAAUAAUUUAAAAAUAUUUCCUGCCGAUUUGAAUGAUAUUCCAAUGUCUGCUUCCGUUCCAGAGCUUUUCGCUGAACCAUACCUACAUGUUUUCAAAUCGUUUCCUCUUUAUAAAUCAAGUACUUUUGUUAUUUGUAUCGGUCGUUUUAAGAAUAUUGAAAAUGAGAAUUUACCCUUUUAUUUAAUAAUAGCUGUAGAUAUAGACGAUAUUAAAAAUAAUGACCAUAUUCUAUUAAAUUAUAGACCUUUGUUACAAGAUCAAAUAAAUGGAAAUUUUCAUUUAUUUGCAGAAUUUAACCACAAAGAACACUCAAAAAAAAAAUUAAUAGAAAUUGUACCAUUCGCCAAUUUGUAA